UCGACUUCGGUCUGCGUUUUAUCUGUCGCUGUCUGUAGCCUCGGGAAAAUGUACCCGACUAUUCUUGAUCUCAUUUCUUUCGCAAACAAAAGAAGACACCCGAAAAAACAAUAAAAGAAGACGACAGAAGGAUCGGUCCAGGUGCCCCCACCUCAUGGAGAAAGUUGGCAAGGUGUGGAGCAACCUGAAGAAGGGAUGUCAGUCUCUGAUUCACCCAGAUAGGGGAUCCUGUAAUGAGACGCCACUACAGCUUCAGUCACAACCAGACACGGUAUGCCCCAAUGUGGAAAGGGCCCAGGAAGAAAGCAUGUUCGAGGUAGCUAAUCCCUCUACCAGUGCACUCCCUCUGGUGGCAUGGAGGACCAGUGGAAGUGUGUCACGGCGGGGCCAUAACUGUGUAACAGAUGCACCCCAGAUACUAGAGAUCACAGUUGAGCAGGACACUGAAGAUGCACGGCCACCAUUUGGAGCUCGCAGGGACUCUUAUUCACGUCACGCACCUUGGAGUGGAAAGAAGAGACACUCAUGCUCCACGAAGGCUCAGAGUUCUCUUGAGAACACAGAACGGCGAUCGGGACGAUUGAGGCGCAGACAUGGUACUGGAAGCAGCCGGGAAGAUGUAGAACCAGUACGUUCACUACGUCAGCAGAUCCAUGAUACAAUGGGUCUGUGCCUCCCAUUGCGCUCAUCCUCUCGAAGUGUCAACCUUCCACCACCCAAAAGGAAAAUUCAAAUAACAGAGUUAAUGCUGGAGACAUGCCCCUUCGCACCAGGAUCAGAUCUAGCCCGAAAAUGGCAUCUUAUUAAACAGCACACAGCACCGGUCGCAGUGAUGCCAGUGGAUUCUUCGUUGGAUGCCUGUGGCGCUACCUGUGCAUCACCGGAAGAUGAGGAAGAACGUUUGCGAGAACAAAGGCGAAUUAGCAUUGAGGAGGGUGUGGAACCACCUCUCGAUGCCCAGAUCCACACAGUAGAUGCCAUAACUGCCCCCUUAGCUUCCCUUUAUAAGCUGGGACCUAAGCUGGCACCUGGAAUAGGUGAGGCCUUAAAUGAUAGUCGGGGCGCAACUGCAGUUAACUGUGACUCUGAGGACGAUGACACCACAACUCUUUGCUUGCAAGCUCGUAGGCCAAAGCAGCGCCAUUCUUCGGCAGAGGGCCAUCUGGGAAAGCAGCCGGGCCCUUGGAAAGUACACACCCAGAUUGAUUUCAUCCACUGUCUGGUUCCUGAUCAGCAGCAGAUUACAGCACUACCCUGCUACUGGGGUGUGAUGGACCGCUAUGAAGCCGAAGCGCUGCUGGACGGUCGGGCUGAGGGUACCUUUCUGCUUCGUGACUCGGCUCAAGAAGACUACCUGUUUUCCGUUAGCUUCCGCCGCUAUGGCCGCUCGCUGCACGCACGUAUCGAACAGUGGAACCACAACUUCAGCUUUGAUGCGCACGACCCCUGCGUGUUUCACGCAGCCACCGUCACGGCACUGUUGGAGCACUACAAAGACCCUAGCUCUUGCAUGUUUUUUGAACCAUUGCUCACAGAACCUCUGCACCGGACCUUCCCUUUCGACCUGCAAAGCCUGGCUCGAGCUGCCAUUUGCAAUGGGAUCACGUACGAUGGCAUUGCGGCUCUGCCGCUGCCGCCUGCUCUGCAGGACUACCUCAGGGAGUAUCACUACAAGCAGAGGGUGCGUGUACGCUGGCUUGAGAGAGAGACGGUCAAGGGCAAGUGAGGCAAAGCAGAAGUACUUCUCAACUCUCUGACAGGAGUAAUCCAUACAGCACUUUGCAGAGGUGGAGGAAUUAAGUGUUUUGGGGGGGAAGGGCUGUGAUGUUUGAGGUAUUGAAGGAGGGACCUGAAAUCAAACACAGUAUAUAAGCUUCUAUCAUUUCUUGAUCACUAACAAACAAAAUAAAACAGGUAUAAGAGGCUCUACAGUGUGCACAUUUACUACAAGACUUCAGGACUAGUCUAAAUAAAUGGAGAUCUUAGCUUCAGAUGUUACUAUUAUAGUUUUGUUCAGUGGAUACCUUCAUGCCCUUCCAGCCUUCAUUGGGUGGCUGUGGAUACUUCACAAAAUAAUUUCAUUACCAUUCACUUUUCUGUCUACCCUUAAUUCUCAUGUAAUAUUGUAUUAAGUAAUAUUGCUGACAAAAUUCAAGGGGAGUGGAAGGGUAAUGUUCAAAAAAAUAAUAAUUUCAACAUCCUUAGCUGCUUUCAUGGUGCUCUGUCAGCGGUUCACAUGUCAACAUUCUGUGCUCAUUCCACAGUUAGAAGAGAGCAAGGAAAGACAGCAUCUACCCUGCUCAAAGAGAACAAGGCAGAGGGAUCCACCUAAGAUGGAUUGAUUUUAAACCUUUAUAUCCAGACGGCCUACAGAACGCAUCGCCGUGGAGUAAAGGGCUAUGUGGCGUUCCGCUUUCCUUACACUUCCAGGAAGUGAUAAGGAUGGCGAUGCACAAUGCGCCAUGUGAUGUUGGAGCACUUCGUUUUGAAAAAAAAUGUUACUCUCACUCUGCGUUCUGUUGCUGUCAGUGAGUUUUGUAUUUGUUGAUUCCUACCACUAAUUGCACAGGGGGGUGACUUGUUCUCUAUAGUCGUUUUUUGUAUUGUUGCGAAUGGUCUGUCAGUGGCCUGGAGGUUGGGCACUGAUUAAGAGCACUUUAACUUAGCCGUGCUUAUGUUAGUGGGAGCAGCGAUGGGCAAUACAGAAACCCGCUGCACUGGGACCAUUUUUGUUAGGUAUAAUCACCCUCCUAUAGAAGAACACUUUGUCUAACCCACAUUGGUCUAUAGAGGGCAAAGUUUGUUUUGAUGUGAACAAUCAGUGUCAGAAUUGCUGGUUUGUUAUUAAGGCCUUCUUGGUUUUGGGUUGAUUUUAGUGAUUUGUACUCAUAAUCAUUAUUCAUUUUACAUUUAUUCAUUCAUUCAGCAGACAGUUCCCCAAAGUUGUAUUCAAGGAAAGAAAGUUUAGGGUUUUCCUAGAAAAUCUGUAUAGUUACAUUAUACGCCUCUAUGGCCAAGACUAGCUUCUUAAGCCCGAUUUAUAGUCGUGCGUAAGUUCUACGCCGUAGGCUAUCCGUAGCCUGACGUGCACCUCGCAAAAAUUUUAACAGCGCGUCAGUUCUACGCGGACCGCAAGCGCUGUGAUUGGUCCACCAGAACCCCUCCCGUCAGGUAAAAAAACUGCGUCAUAGGUAUUUCCGUUUGCGACGGUGAAAACAAAGAUGAGCCAAGUCGAGGAGUGAUUUAACUCAAACUGCAAACUGCUGUUUCUUCUUCAUUUGUUGGUUAACUUGCCAAGCUUCUUUUUCUCUGACGGUCGCGCUGCUACUGUGGUUACAUGCGUGGAUACUGCCUACCAGCGGUUUGCGGGUGUGUUUGCACGUCGACGCGGAGGACGACACAAAAGUAUAAAUGAAAACCGACGCGGAACCUACGCACAACUAUAACGAGCCCUUUAGGAAGACCGAAUCAGUCAGAACCUGCAAACACUUAAGUUGUAAAGUAAAAUAAGAGUUUCAAAUGCCAUAAAGGUGUUCUUGAUAAAUCUAGGAAAAAGGAAAUAUUGUUUACUCCUUGUUGUUUUAGUCCCAACAUCCAUACACAUACAGUACAUCUAGUCACUUAAGCAGUGUGCCUUCAUACAUCUCAAGCUUUUAGUUUAUUAUGUGGUGCGUGUAGUGGACACAUCACUAACAGUGGUCUGAUUUAAAAACGCAUCAUGACAUCAAUGUGCCUGCACCAAAUUCAAAUGGCACCAUGGAGAGAAAUAUAAGAAGGCCUGGUGCUGGUGCUGAUGUACGAUGCAUUGAUAGAUUUGUCUUGUUUUGAUCAGGUAGACCUGCCAAAUGUUCACAUUAGGCUCAGCUUAGCUUAGGCUUGCAACACCUAAACAGUUUGCUAUAACCAGCUUUGUGUGCUCUUUGUGUUGAGUUACCCCAUCCUACCCGUAUCACACAAUUAGGAAAAGUUUUGGUUUAUCUGUAGUUCACAGUCCACCUUAAUGCAUUAAAAGUCGUCUUCCUUCACAUUAUUCUUCAAUCGAUUCAUCUAUUUUUCCAUGUGCAAGAGGGUCAGAAUUCAGAGACAUGAGGAGCGUACCCGCCAUCCUGCAGUGCAUUGUGUGGGUAAAUUAGUGCAAUUUAGAGGCUCGGCUGGGAAGGUGACAGUGAAGCGGGUUGAUUUUGCAUCUGAACGGAGGUCAGGUGUCCUGCUUAUAUACUGCUCACCUCUAAAGGUGUGUCAUGCUUGGCUUAGCUCUGGACACUCCUCAAUGCACUAAUCCAUUAAACUUGAUGUGUACCUACCUAUACUUUUGUACCUGUUAUUUUCAGGGGUGGAACUUGCGUUCGGUCAGAUAGUAGAGAUGGGCAUCUUGGUGUCUCAUGUCUUUUAGUUUUACUAAAGAAGUAAUGGAUUAAAAUAUAUCUGUCUAUGUCUCACUAUAUAUAUAUACAUCUAUAUAUAUUGAUACAGAUUAAAAAUGAAAUAUUUUCAUACAAGUAAUUGCUUGAAAGAAAUGCAAUAAUGUUCUUCGCUUAGUUUUUGUGGUGACCCAUGUGAAAAACAGAUGUGAAGGUCUCCUUUAAAAGUGUUAUCAGGGUCGUGUCAUUCUGUCCACGUUAUGAUAUAAUGGUUCUAGUGCAAUGUGUCAAGGUGUAUGAGAGAAACUAUGGAUUUGUGACCAAAGGCUCUGGUGUUUACCAUCAUAGACGGAGAGAAUGGAAAAAAGUGUCAGUGUGAUUGCAUUCAGUCCCCAUCCUCUCAAAAUUAUUAUUUCAAGCAUUUGAAAGUAAAAAUGGGGUCUACUUUUAUACCCAAAAGGUGCUAAUUGGCUGACUGUAUGGGUUUUCAUUAACUAUCGAAAGUGCCUUUACCCCAAAAUAACUUCACAGUCUCCCCCAACAUCCCGAUUUUAGUAGACCCCCAUUAAUCAACAUCUUACAAAUUGCGGUAAAUGUUAUAGAAAAUGCAACAAAAUGUAUGUAAUGAGUAUUUAUACAAGUAUAUAGUUCUGUAGUUCUAUAUCAAAAUAUAUUAGCUUACACAAAGCUUUUAAUCCUGAAUAUUUUAGUUAGUAAGACCCUAAGUUUAUGCUUUUUACACAAGUUAAAUGUGUCCAAUUUAAAGAUCAGCGGGUACAUGAUUGACUCAAAUGAUUGCACAGAAAAAGACAAUGUGCAUGGAGGGCUACAAAGCAAGAUGAACGUUCACGAUUGUGGGAUGUAUGUGAUACUAAGGCUUUAGAUUGGCAGUAUGUGGCCUGACAGGUGAAAUACACCUGUCAAUAGUCUUGUUAGAGUAGAUGAAUUUCAUGCACUGUAAUAAAGUCAUUUAAACGUACAAUUAUUUAUCUUGACUAGAUAUGAGUUCAGGGUUUCCCGCAGCACUUUUCAGUUCGGGCGGCCCACCUUAGCUGGGAAACCCUACCACCUUAACUAGGUCGUCAAGUGCAUCUCGGAGAAUAGAGUGGACGCGCUUCACACUGCGAGCGGGCACGCCCGCCACAGUUGAUACAAAAUUUUAUUCAUUAAUAAUCUAGUAUGUAGUAUUUUCUGUCAUAGUUUCUUCAAAAUUUUGUUUUUUUGAGUGUUUUAAAUAAAAAUAUUUUCAUCAUGACGCGUACGCCCCGCCCCUUUGAUUGCCAUGCCCCCAGCCCCGCCCACCCCUACCACCUUAACUAACAUUUUCUGCGGGAAACCGUGGAGUUGUUAUAACUUAUAAAAUAUAAUUUAAAAAAGUAAACUUAAUCUUAUAAGUUGUAGUAACUAAUCUCUUGUCAAGAUAAAUAAUUGUAAGUUGUCAUGACUUGUAAAUCUGAGUUGAUUCAACAAAAAAUAAGGCAGCAAAGAUUUUUUUACAGUGUGUCAUUUCAUUCAAGGGAUUUUUUUUAGGAUGUAACAAUGCUAUGAUAGAAAAGAAGCCAUGUUGCAAGCCAUUUUUGUGCAGAGCUGUGUGCAUUACCAACAGAAAAAAAAAAAUUUUCAUUUGUGAUUUGAUGUUUCUGUAUAUUGCAACCCAUAGGAAGGGUCUUUUAGCUUUGUUCAAUUUUAAAGAUUGACAAAAAAUCAGGAUGCAUCAUCGGCUAAAACUUCAAGUCACUUUAAAGCUCUAUAUGCACAUCUGUUUUAGAUCAAGGGGCUAAAGGUGGGCUUAGGACUGGGUGUCAUGUCGACACUGCCUGACAAUGAUUGGACUAAAGAAGACUCUUGCACCUGGCUCUGUAUUUUGAUUGGACCCUUGCGACUGGGCCCUCAAAACGCUGCAACAUACAGCAUGAGUUCUUUGCAUUGACAUGGAUAUCACGAUCUCUCUUUAACUAUCUUAUAUAUUAUUUUAUUUUUACUUUCAUUUUUUACACUGCCCAAGAUGUGUACUGUAUACCGUGUAAUUAUUCACACCUCUCUUGCCCUCUUGUUAUGUUAUUCUUUCUUCAUUUUCUCUUCUGUACAGUUAAUGGUCCCAGGCUGUUACUAAGUUGUUCCGUUGUAUUAUUUUGUUUGACUGUGGGUUGCAGUUUGCUGUUUUUGGGGGGCAGAAGGUCGCUCUGCAUGCCCCUCUUUCACCAGUAGCUGUCACUCUUGGUGCUCUUGGCUUAUGCUUCAUUGUCUUAAUAUUCAAAAAUAAAAGUGUUGUAUGUGUAAA